GUUCUGACAAUGACUUAAAACAGUUUACAAUAUUUAAAAGGUUAAAUGAAAAUGAACCUCAAUGAACGUAACGUAACUUAAACUUCAGAAACAAUGAGGAAACUACGGAAUGUCAAAUCAAACUUAAACUUCAAAGUUUCCAAAAAAGUUUUGUAACUUUAGAUUUGUUUUUAUUUUACUUCGUACAAUACAUGUAGUAAUUAAAAUAUAGUGGAUUCAUGAAAUAAUAAGUGCCUUGAUUAAUUUAAAAGUGAAUUUCAUUCAUAAUCUUCUUUAUCAAAUUGUUCAAGGUGUUAGGUAAUCAAGUGCUGAAGUGAUCCAAAAUGCCGCGCAAAUUGCUCAAGUUCCUCAUAGUAUUUGAUAACACUUCAUUGUUAUAUUUUCCGGGACAAUUCUUGUCUGGGAAAGUGUUAAUGGAACUGCAAGAUGACACACCUGUGUUAGGUCUCCACUUCCAUGUCAUUGGUGAGGGUGUGGUGCGAGUUGGGUCAGGCAGGCAUGAGAGACUGUUUGACAAAGAAAAUUACAUAGACUUCAGGAUGAGACUACUUGGAGAACCAGGUCACAGCACAUCAGUUCUAUCGCCUGGUAUACACAGCUUCCCAUUCAAGCUGGGCCUGCCAAUGGGCUUACCCUCCACAUUCCUCGGCACUCACGGCUGGGUCCAGUACUACUGCAAGGCAGCUCUCAGGGAACCCAACGGUCUGACACACAAGAAUCAACAAGUCUUCAUUGUGAUGAACCCUAUUGAUCUUAAUUUGGAACCACCGGUUUUAUCUCAACAGUUCGAAUGCAGCGUAGAACACAGACUAGGUGUCGGGUGUGUGGGCGGGGGCACGGUGUCCUGCGCCGUGUCACUAGACCGCGGGGCCUACGUACCCGGGGAGAGCAUCAUGCUCACUGCCACACUGGUGAACAACUCUAGGACUACCAUCAAAGCUACUAGGGCAGCUCUUACUGAGACCAUCCAGUACUCAGCUCACGGCAAAGUAGCCGCGAAGGAGGUUCGUGAACUAGCAUCACUGUCGCACGGUAAGACCCGAGCUGGUGACAGUGACGUGUGGCGCCAUGAGCUCCUCUACGUACCGCCGCUGCCUCCCACUAACUUGCGUGGCUGCCAUCUCAUCUCGGUGCAGUAUGAUGUCUUCUUCAUAAUCGAGCCGAAGAGUUUGGAGAAGGAAGUGAAGUUGCAGCUUCCGAUCCUGAUAGGUACGUAUCCGUUCCGCGAGGAAUCAGACGAGCCGCAGCCUCCCACGCACUACCCCAGCACGCUGCCCAUCUUCCGCGCCUGGCUACACGACAAGCCCGCACACUGACAUACAAACAAACAGACAAUUUAUUGACACGCAGUACUGACAGUUACUUUUAAUAAUAGCGUUAACCCCUUCGUAUUUUAAUCAUAAGCGUAUCGUUACGUUCAGACUAUCAAAAUGGUAAUUAACACAGUUAUAAAAGACGUGUCUCAAUUUGUGUUAGCGUAUUACAAUACGCUUACGAUACGACGUCGUAUGCGAAAGGGUUUAUUGUCUAAUUUUGCAUUAAUUGUUUAGCAAUGUAUGGCAACACUGUAGCUUGUACAAUGUACAUGUUGUGGACUCUUCAUUGUACUGUAUAUCGAGUCAGAAUGAAUUUAUGAAUUAUGUAACUGAGAUAUAAAUCGAAAAAAAAAGAACACAGAGACUAAUUCAGAACCUCCUCCUUUUUUGGGGAGUCGGUUAAAAAAGAAUCUCUUACGAAUCUCAAAUACUGAUGCAAAUGAUUAAAACAAAAUAAUUGUUAAAAAAAAAUAAGUUUUACAAAAUUGUUGCAAAAUCAUAAUAAUAUAUUAAAAUUGUAUAUUAUAUCGAUGGCUCAUUCGUAAACGAAAUAGCCGACGCGAAGCGAAUACGACUAUAGUAAGUAAAGGACUACAUAAAUCUAUAGAUAUUAAAACCUUGGGCUUGGUAAGAUACUGCUGUAUGUACUUUGUUUUCGUUUCAUUCUCCAUAUAUAAAAAUCCUAGUAUGUAGGUAUUUUGUUAUUAUUAUAAUAAUAAUUAAUGGAGGCGAAACUAAAACGACGUGUGUUAAGUUCAAUCGAGCCCUGAGUUGUGGUAAAAUUUGUGUGACCAAUCUAGGGGUAUGAAGUUCAGCUACAAAAAUAAUAGCUGUUUUAUAAAUAAAAAAUGUUGUUACAUGGAAUUAAUACCUAUUUUAUUAGAUAGUAAUAAUUAUGAAAUUUUUAUACUACUACUGAUAGUACUUAUCCAAAAUUAUACACUGCCGUAAUUGUAAGAUUUAUAAUUAUAUUAAUAUUUUCUUAACAGCCUAUUAUGGACAAUUUUUGUGCAAAAAGCACAUUCAAUGAUUUGUUGUAAAAAAUGUUGUUUUUUAAAAUUAUAUUCGACUCUAAUGUAAUAAUUUCUAGUGCCAUUUAAUGAGUUUAACUUCAAUUUAAUUAUUAUGUCUUAUUUGUGGAUAUUUCCCAUUACCUAUCGAUGGAUUUGGAUUCUAGAGUCCGAGUUUCGUAGUUUUAUAUAUGAAAAAUGGCCAAUAAAGACGAAUCAGUUAUGAAGUAUUAAUUCCUAAUUAUUAUGUAACGUAUUACAUACUAAAUUAAUUAUUAUGUUUUCGGCUUACUCACGUAAAUGUUUGACGAGGAACUCGACUAGUUUCAAGCCAUGCUAGAGGCU